AUGGCAACAGCUCCCAGAGGGCGUCUCCAGGGCAAAAAUGCCAUCAUCACUGGUGCUGCUGGUGGCAUUGGGCUCGAAACAUCCAUCCUCUUCGCCCGCGAAGGCGCUUCCGUCCUAAUGGCCGACAUCUCCGAACCCGCCCUAGCCACAGCCCUCGCAAAAGUGAAAUCUCUCGCCCCAUCUUCCGCGCGCGUCGAAACAAUCAAAUGCGACGUCUCCAAGGAAUCCGAUGUUCAGGCCAUGGUUGAGUCGCAGGACAGCUGGGGUGGGACGGAUAUCAUCUUCAACAAUGCGGGGAUCAUGCACGCCGACGACGCGGAUGCCGUUGAUACUUCGGACAAGAUCUGGGAUUUGACGCACAAUAUCAAUGUUAAGGGGGUGUGGUAUGGCUGUAAACACACCGUGUUGAGUUUAAGGCGUCAUAAGAAGACCAAGGGGAGUAUCAUUAAUACUGCGAGCGUGGUGGCGCUCGUGGGUAGUGCGACACCGCAACUUGCUUAUACGGCUAGUAAGGGAGCUGUGUUGGCUUUGACGAGGGAAUUGGCGAUUGUGCAUGCUAGAGAGGGAUUUAGAUUCAAUGCUCUUUGCCCUGCGCCUUUGAAUACUCCUCUUCUCCAAGAUUGGCUCGGUGAUGACCAGGCAAAACGCCAUCGUCGCGAAGUCCAUUUCCCCACAGGACGUUUCGGAGAAGCUAUUGAGCAGGCCAAUGCGGUUGUAUUCCUUGCCAGCGACGAGGCAAGCUUUGUCAAUGGUACCGAUUUUGUGGUUGAUGGAGGAAUGACCAAGGCAUACGUCACCCCUGAAGGUCCCCCAACUGCUGCUCCACAGAACCUCGGAAAAUAAGUGUCAUUAGAGCUUUCCAAUUCCAUCAUUAUAUUCA